AUGGUACGUUUCAGACCAAUUGAUGAUUGAGUAACCCAUCAAGACCCAUGACUAACUCGACGAAAAUAUGAAUUUAGCCGCCAAAGAAGAAACUCGCAACAAUAACCAUCCUCAAACUCAAAAAGGGGAAACUCACAUAUACGCUAACGGUGCAACCACCAAUAACGCUCGACGCGAUCAAGACUCAGCUUGCCGUUGCUAUAAACAGCUCAGGAGGCUUGCAAUCUGCAGAGGAGGAAGUGGUGGAUGAGGAAAUAGACGCCAUUGAAGACGACAUAGUCGCCGACGCGGAUGGAGAAGAUGAGGAAGAUAUACCCGUACCGAAAUCCGAAUACAUCGAAGAAGAAGAAGAAGAAGAAGAGGAACAAGGGGAGCAAGUGAUGGAGGAAGUGAGUGGGGAAACGGUUGAAGCUGACGAUAUCAGAGUUGCCGUGCCGCGAAAUCCCGCUUCUCCAUAUGAUAACGAGUGGGUAGAAUUGGAUGACUCGAACGUCGAGGAAGUGGCGUUCAAGGACUACUACAUUCUCGCGUUUGCGACUAUACCGGGCGAAGAGUUUUCCAUAGUUGAAGCAGCUUACGAAGAAUAG